AUGCGUUCAGUCAGGAAGAGAUGGACUGUAUGCACGAUAAGCCUCCUCCUCAUCUUUUACAAGACGAAAGAAAUAGCGCGGAGCGAGGACCAUCAGGAGGCACCUCUCGCAGGAGAUGGUGAACUGAGUUUGAGUAGAUCAAUGAUCAAUAGCUCUGAUAAGAUAAUUCGAAAGGGCAGCUCCUCAAUCUUCCAGCAUGCUUUAGAAGGUUGGAAAAUCAAUUCUUCUUUGGUACUGGAAAUAAGAAAGAAUAUUCUUCGAUUUUUGGAUGCUGAAAGAGAUGUCUCAGUGAUUAAAAGCAGCUUCAAGCCAGGAGAUGUAAUCCAUUAUGUACUGGACAGACGUCGCACCCUAAACAUUUCUCAGGACUUGCACAGUCUUCUUCCUGAAGUUUCCCCAAUGAAAAAUCGCCGAUUUAAAACCUGUGCAGUUGUUGGGAAUUCUGGCAUCCUUCUGGACAGUGGAUGUGGUAAAGAGAUUGAUGGCCAUGACUUUGUAAUAAGGUGCAAUCUAGCUCCUGUGGUGGAGUUUGCUGCCGAUGUGGGAACUAAAUCUGAUUUUAUUACCAUGAACCCAUCAGUUGUACAAAGAGCCUUUGGAGGCUUUCGGAAGGAGAGCGACAGAGAAAAAUUUGUGCGUAGACUAUCCAUGCUGAAUGACAGUGUCCUUUGGAUCCCUGCUUUCAUGGUAAAAGGUGGAGAGAAACAUGUGGAGUGGGUUAAUGCGUUAAUCCUUAAGAAUAAAUUGAAAGUGCAAACGGCCUACCCAUCACUGAGACUUAUUCAUGCUGUCAGAGGCUAUUGGCUGACAAACAAGGUCCACAUAAAACGACCCAGCACUGGUCUUCUUAUGUAUACACUUGCCACCAGGUUUUGUGAUGAAAUACACCUGUAUGGAUUUUGGCCAUUCCCAAAGGAUUUACAUGGAAAACCAGUCAAGUAUCAUUAUUAUGAUGAUCUGAAGUAUCGCUACUUUUCGAACUCCAGUCCUCAUAGGAUGCCAUUAGAGUUUAAAACAUUGUAUGUAUUACACAACAGAGGAGCACUGAAAUUAACAACAGGGACAUGCAUAAAGCAGUAAAGCACGUGCAAAAUACAGUAAGAAGUAUGGAUACAGACUUCAUCACAAAGAUGUUGUGGAAUGAUAAUGGGAUCCUAAUGAGGAUAUGUUUCCCUAUCCUCUAAGCCACUGGUAAAAGGAAUUUUAUCAGAAGUACAUAACCAGCUAUUAGACCUGCAAAGUGCUCUAUAACUAAGCUAACUUGAUUGCAAGGGCUCAAGUAAGUGCCACUUUCUCUAAGAACAAAGCUUGAAUGUAUACUCAAUAGUGUU